AUGUCGACACCAACCUCGAAUCUCUCUCCGCCAUCUGGGUCGCGAGCAUCCUCGACAUCUUCUCAUCGACCUUCCGUUGCACAACGAUCGUACACCGCCCCGGACAAGAUGGCGAACGGCCACUUCGCGUCCACAGGACAGAAUGGGACUGCCAAUUUCGAGCAUGGCGUCCAGGUUAUAGACGAGGACAAAGAAUUCAAUCACGAUGUGUCCAAAUAUCUCGACUACACCGGCGUCUCGCGUGCCGGUUUCAAUUACCACCUAAUAUCUGUGUUCGGAUCGCAGUCGACCGGCAAGUCCACCCUUCUCAAUGCCCUUUUCGGCACCGACUUCUCCGUCAUGGCAGAAUCGGAACGACGACAGACAACAAAAGGAAUAUGGCUUUCCAAGAACAAAACGACCCUCGCGGAAAUGGCGGACAAUCUCCUGGUCAUGGACGUGGAAGGUACCGACGGACGCGAAAGGGGCGAGGACCAGGACUUCGAAAGGAAGAGCUCGUUGUUUGCGCUCGCGACCAGUGAGGUGUUGAUGGUGAAUAUCUGGGAACAUCAGGUCGGGUUAUAUCAGGGUGCCAACAUGGGUUUGCUGAAGACGGUAUUCGAAGUCAACCUUCAGCUGUUCUUGAAGGACAAAAAAUCCACGUCGAGGAGCUUGCUGUAUUUUGUUAUUCGAGAUUUUCUGGGGACAACACCACUACAAAAUCUGCGGAAUACGUUGAUGCAGGACAUGGGUCGCAUUUGGUCCAGUCUUUCCAAGCCGCCGGGUUUGGAGAAGAGCAGUAUUGACGAUUACUUCGACUUCGCGUUUACGGCACUUCCUCACAAGCUAUAUCAGCCAGACCAAUUCAAGGCCGAGGUUGCAAAGAUGGCUACUCGCUUCCGAGAAGGACACCGCGAUCGUCGAAGAGAUGCGCUACUGGGCGAAUUUGAGGGUGGCGUGUUUCUCCCUGAAUACCAUCGCAGAAUCCCGGCCGACGGUUUUGCUCACUAUGCUGAGGGCAUCUGGGACCAAAUCGUGAACAACAAAGAUCUAGACCUUCCCACGCAGCAGGAGUUGCUGGCUCAAUUUAGAUGCGACGAAAUUAUGAGGGAGGUCAUGGUCGCUUUCGACGAGACGAUAACGCCCUACGAGACACAACAAGGCGAUGCAACCAAGACUGGCACAGCAGAGGUCAUCCCUGGACUUGGGACUGCCAUGAAAUCAGCCCGUGCCGAGGCUGUGAAGAACUUCGAAACAGAGGCAAGCAGAUACCACAAAGGCGUCUAUCAAAGAAAGCGAACCGAGCUCGAAAGCAAAAUUGAUUCGAGACUCAAGGCUCUUUUUGCUGGUCAACUCACCGCGGCACACAAGGAUGGUGUUCAACAGUUCUCUGAUGCCGUUAGUGGCGCAGUCAAGGCAGGUCAGAAGAAGGGCGCCUCGUAUGACUUUGCCGAGAUUGUCAACGAGCAGAAGAAGAUCGCUUUGGGGAAGUUUGAAAGACAAGCCAAAGAAACCGUCAUCGAAGGCCUGACAUGGUCCAAUUACAAACAGGAGAUGACCUUGUAUCAGAAAGACCUGGACAAGAUCUCGGGUCAACUGCGCCGUGAUGAAAUGCGCCGUUUGGCCACACGUGUCGAGCGAUGGGUUCGAAGUAAAUUGAGCGACAGUAUCGGCUUGGAGUUCAAUGCGCUAGGGUCUGGUCGCGGUGGCUCUGGAGCUCCAGAGGAUGGAGAAAAGCCUUCAGAACAGCGGAUAUGGGAUCGAAUCUGGAACUUGUUCACUUCUACUGUACAAGAGGCCGAGAAACGAUUCUCCGACCGAGCUGCUUCGUUCGACGCUAGUGCCGAGGAGGUCGAAGUGGGCAUUUGGCGCUUACGACGGAAAUCUUGGGGCGUGUUGCGGUCCAAGAUUGAUGAAGAAAUGAUGGAAGGUAAUCUCUUGUUGAAACUUCGCGAGAAUUUCGAAGACAAGUUCCGGUACGACGAAGCGGGUGUUCCGCGGAUAUGGCGCCCCACAGACGAUAUCGAGGGCAUUUAUACUAAGGCCCGAGAAAGCACGUUGACGCUCAUACCCUUACUCGCGCGAUUCCGACAUUCGCAAACUGGUGCACCUCCGCCGCUGGACCGAUGGAUUGGACCAAUGCCAGUGGGAGCCACCCCAGCGGACGAAGAGGACCUGACACCAAUUGGAGGUGUGGACGAGGACGAAGGCAAAAGUCUGGAGGAAGAAACCACGAUACUCAACGAGCCCAAGCGUCAGGACUUGACUGUGAGAUUCAAGAAGGCUGCCGAUGGGGUGUACGUGGAAGCCAAGCGUAGUGCGAUUGGUGGAAUGACCCAAGUACCCCUUUAUUUCUACGGUCUACUGCUUGCGCUGGGGUGGAACGAGAUCGUGGCAGUCCUUCGCAAUCCAGUCUACUUCUUGUUCCUCAUCCUCGUCGCGAUUGGGGCGUACGUCACGUAUACCUUGAAUCUGUGGGGUCCUAUGUACCAGAUGGCCAAUGCUGCCUCGUCACAAGCUAUGGUCGAGGGCAAGAAGCGGCUUCGUGACUUCUUGGACGAAAGUCCCGCUGCUCGACAAGCAGUCGCCAUGACGACCGGCCGGGACGAGUAUGAGUUGCAAUCCAUGAGUUCUAGACGGGCGACCAAGGAGAAGUCGGACGGUGCGGAAGAUGACGAUGAGGAGAUCUGA